CAAACUCGGGGCUCCGGGCUUGACAGCAGAAUCGCAGGAGACUGGCUCCACCGAGGGAAGAUGAAUUGGUCAAAACCGUGAAACCGGGUUUCUUGUUGCUAGUGGGAUCCAGAAAUGGGUUACCGAAGGAGUCCGAGUCUGCUUCCCUUACUGCUGCUCUCCUUCUCCUGCAGUGCCGGUGCUCGCCGCAGCCUGAAGACCAACCUGUGCAAGUGGUGCGACUCCACAUCCCCGGCCUGCGAGGAGAAGGUGUGCUACAGCAACUGCAACCUCAACUCCUACUGUGAGGACCCCUACGAGAUCUGCGUGGCCAUAUGGAGACAGGACAAUGAGAGCAUCAGGAUCAGCACGCUCUGCCACAACCCCAACCGCCCCAUCGAGAACCUCAUGGUCCCCAACUACAACACCUCCCGCUGCGUCAUGGCCCCCCAGCCCAGCGAGGACGGUGUCACCUACAUCUGCGGCUGCGUGGACGAGCAGGAGUGCAACGACAAACUCAUCUUUGAAAACCACACCAACGGCUACUCCAUGCUGCAGAGCAAAGAGGUGAUCCCGGUGGCUGCCAUCAGCCUCCUGCCCCCGCUGCUGGUGGCGGUGAUGAUCACGGUGAUAUUUUACCUCUGCCGCACGCAGAAGCGGCGCAAGAGAGCCAAGGCGUGGGGUGGGAAACCGGGACAGCCCCCGGCGCUGCCGGAGCCAGGGAGGGCGACGGAGCGGGAGGAGAAGUUGUCCGUGCUGAUGGAUGAGAACCCGGCCGGCGCCAGCCCCAGCUGCGCCAGCAGCCGCCCCACGGAGCUGCUGCCCAUCGAGCUGGACGAGAUGGUGGGCAAGGGCCAGUUCGCGGAGGUGUGGAGGGCCAAGCUGAGCCACAGCCGCUCGGGGCAGUACGAGACGGUGGCCGUGAAGAUCUUCCCCUGCGAGGAGUACUCCUCCUGGAAGAACGAGAGCCAGAUCUUCACCGACACCAGCCUCAAGCACGACAGCGUCCUGCAGUUCCUCACUGCCGAGGACAGGGGCACGGGGCCCCGCCGGGAGUACUGGCUCAUCACCGCCUACCACAGCCGGGGCAACCUCAAGGACUACCUGUCCCGCCACAUCCUGAGCUGGAUGGACCUGCAGAAGAUGGCGGGCUCCCUGGUGAGCGGGGUGGCCCACCUCCACAGCGACUACACUGCCUGCGGCCGGCCAAAGAUCCCCAUCGCCCACCGGGACAUCAAGAGCACAAAUGUGCUGGUGAAGAACGAGCAGGAGUGUGUGCUCUGCGACUUCGGCAUCGCCAUUCGCCUCGACCCUUCCCUCACAGUGGACGACUUUGCCAACAGCGGGCAGGUGGGCACCGCCAGGUACAUGGCCCCAGAGGUCCUGGAGUCCAGGGUGAACCUGGAAGACCUGGAGUCUUUCAAGCAGAUGGAUGUCUACUCCAUGGCCCUUGUUUUGUGGGAAAUGGCCUCCAGAUGUGAAGUGGUAGGAGAGGUAAAGAAUUAUGAGCUGCCUUUUGGGUCAAAAGUCCAGGAGCAGCCCUGUGUGGACACCAUGAGGGACAUCGUGCUCCACGGCAGAGGCCGACCCGAGAUCCCGAGCAGCUGGCUGGUGCACCAGGGGAUGCGCUUUCUGUGCGACACCAUCACGGAGUGCUGGGACCACGACCCCGAGGCUCGGCUCACUGCCCACUGCGUGGCCGAGCGCUUCAACCUGAUGGCACAGAUGGACUGUGACGACAUCCUCAACAACAACACGGACAACGAGGCCAGCAAAACAGCUUCUCCAGGUGGGGAGCACCAGGACAGCGAUGGGAGCACGAACGUGCAGUGACACAGCAGGCAAAAACCCUCGUCACGAGGAACAAGAGGAUGAGGGAGAAGCAUUUAGCUCAUGAGGGAAAAAAAAAAAAAACCAAACAACUUCGCUGUGUUUUUCAAAAUGGAACUAAGAUCUAGUAUAUAACUUAUUUAUAAGAUCUGUUUCCUCCCGCAGAUACGGUGAACUGUGGAAUCAAUACUUUGGUUACAGUGCAACAUUACAUAUGAACUGAUUUUGUACUUACUUUAAAUGUAUAAUGAUGCCAAAGCAUUCUUUUUAUUAUUUUUUAAAAUAAUAAUGUUUAAUCUUUUAUUAAUAAGCACCUGAA